AUGAGCGUGUUGCGCAUCCUCGAAGAACGAGGCCUUGUCAAUCAGAUCGCCGGGGACCGCGCAACUCUCGAAAACCUCCUGGAGGCCAGGAAGACGGGCUUCUACGCAGGCAUCGAUCCGACAGCUCCUUCGCUCCACUUGGGCCAUCUACUUCCGUUAAUGGUGCUCUUUUGGCUCUAUCACCAUGGCCACUACACUGUUAGCCUGGUCGGCGGAGCUACUGCAAAAGUCGGAGAUCCGAGUGGACGCCUCACAUCGAGGGCAAACACCGCAGAGCAUGUGAUCGAUUCCAAUUUCCGCAGCCUGAAUGCUCAGGUCGGCAAUUUGUGGGAGAGCGUGAUCAAGUAUGGCGCAAGGCGUAGAAUCGGCACCAGUGUUGGCAAAAGAGACAUAUUGAAUAAUGCUGAGUGGCUGGACAACCUAAACAUUCUCACGUUCCUAAGAAUGAUGGGAAAUGGUGCCAGAUUGGGCGCAAUGCUGAGCAGAGAUACCGUCAAGAAUAAGAUGGAAAAAGGCGAUGGUAUGUCCUACUCAGAGUUUACAUAUCCUCUGCUCCAGGCAUGGGAUUGGUGGCAGAUGUACCAGGAUCGCUCGGUCCAGAUACAGAUUGGCGGUGGCGAUCAGUACGGGAAUAUCAUCGCUGGAAUCGACGCCGUGAAACACAUCGCGCAGUAUGCUUCGCAGCCUGAACAACAGAGGCAAUGGCUGGAUCGAGAAGGACGCUUGAAAGACCAUCUAUCGCCAAUGGGUCUCACAGUACCACUUCUGAAGACAAGUAGCGGGGAGAAGUUUGGCAAAAGUGCCGGCAAUGCCGUUUGGCUAGAUCGAAGCAUGACGAGCCCGUUCGAUCUUUAUGGCUUUCUUCUUCGCUCUGCAGACAAUGACGUCGAGCGCUACCUCAAGUUAUUCACCUUUGUGCCAUCCACAGAGAUCAAUACAGUAAUGGAAGCCCAUCGUAGCGAUCCUGGACAACGUAGAGCUCAACAUCUCCUUGCGAGCGAAGUACUGCAGCUGGUGCAUGGUGCUGAGGAAGCAGCAAAGACACGAUCCGAGCAUGAAUCGCUUCGAGCCCCGACACUUGCCUCUCUUGGUCGAUCGUCGGAGAGCGAGGAUGGGUUGGCAUCCGCAAACAAUGCUGCAAAGCAUACGAAGCUACCUAAAUCCUUGGUCUACAAUACUCCUUUCUCCAGGAUCUUAUACCAUGCUGGCCUGGUGGGAACAAAGUCCGAAGGCGCGCGAUUAAUUGGCAACAAUGGUGCAUAUGUUGCGACGGCUUCACGUCAGUCCACCAUCAGCAAUGAGGGCCAAUUGGAGUUCGUACAGAUUAAAGAGCAGAAGGCGUCGGAAGUCCCGGAUCUUGUGGUUGAUGGGCUACUGAUUCUGAGGCUCGGUAAGUGGAAAGUGAGGGUAAUCGAAAUAGUUGAAGACAGCGACUUCGACGCGGACGGCAGAGAUGCUCCUGGCUGGAAAGAGUUCAAGGAGACAGCUCGUUCCAAGCAGUAA